AUGGCGCAAGAACUCGACAGCAUUUUUGCCGAGCUAGGCAUCUCGCAGUACCUGAGCAUAUUUUUCGAUCAAGGAUUCGAUACGUGGGAGACGAUAUUGGACAUAACCGAGUCUGAUUUGGACACGCUUGGAGUCAAAUUGGGACACCGACGUAAACUGCAAAGACGUAUUGCCAACUCUCGCGGGCUCGCUCCGGAGGCAUCACUAGUAUCGCCCUCUAGAGCAAGUGCAGAAGAGCCAAAACCAGAGACGCAACGUCCUGAUCAACCCCGAAGCGAGGUUAAGGAGGGUCCGGUUACCACGAAGCGAAAGUAUCGCCGUCAUCCAAAGCCCGAUGAAAAUGCACCUGAGCGGCCGCCUUCGGCUUACGUCCUCUUCUCAAACACUAAGCUUGUCGGAGAGCAUUGGCAAAAUCUGACUCCUGGUGAGAAGGAACCAUACGAAACUUCAGCGUUGAAGGCGAAGGAGAAAUACAACCACGACUUGGGGGAGUAUAAGAAGACAUCCGAGUAUAGGAAAUACAACCUGUACCUACAAGAUUUCAAGGCACGGCAAGCCUCCGCUAAUCAAGGUGCGUGGAGGUUUGUCGCUUCGAAUGGCCGCCCAACUGACCAAGUUCCAGCCAAGGAGUCGUCGAAACGGCAGAAGCUCGAUUCGAGUGUUCGUCUGCCUAAUGGUGGGAGUGCUAGUGCAACACCAGGGAGCCUCAGUAGCACGGGUAGUGGAACUGAGAGCCACCAGGGAAGUGAGCCGCCUCCUAAUCGCAAGCAGCGUGUGGGUUCUGUGGUGUCUCUGUCCGAGUCGCAGUAUUCGACGGCCGUUCCAACUCCAAUUUCCCAUCAUCAUCCGGUCGAUGAUUCGGUACACUCUCCUGUCAGCUUGCAAUUCGACCGGGAAAGCUUGCACUCUACAAGCCCUCGUACUUCGCAAACUCGGAGUCAUCGCCCAACGUGGACGGAAGGCCAAGUAAAAGCAGAAGCAGUGGCACCUCCACACCUUCCAUCACUGUCCGACGUGUUCAAUAACGGGCGAGGAUUAAAUGGCGUCUCGAGAUCACCGGAAGCAAACGGUUUUGGAAACUUCGCGCCCCCAACACACCCUGGUCCCUCCGUACCACCGUCGUUGAAGCACGAAUAUUCUUCCGCAGGAAGUUUAUCCUCGUCCGCCUCUGGACUGUCGUUCCCUAGAACACCCAGCGAAUCUUCGCUUCCGAUUCACGCUUUAUUGUCGAACAAGACGUUGCCAGGCCCUCCUUUCGAAUUGCAGCCAUCGCCGUUCUCGACUGCGCCGCCCACUGGACCGCCAUUGCUCCAGGAUCAAAAGCCGCCAUUUGCCGGGCAGGCACAAGGUCCUGUUGGGGCAAUAAAUGGUACUCACGGUCAACCCAAGCAAGGCUUUCCGCAGAGGCUAAUGAGGUUUCAAGGUUACCAGUCCCCACCUGCCUUAUUGCGAUUCCAGUCUACCUCCUCAACGGGGACUGAAGGAUCGAACGUGUCGCACGCGUCGUCUGGCGCUUCCUCCCAAACCUCCCUCGGUGUGCAGGAGAGGAGCGACCCGAAGCUUGACGGAAUGAGCGCUUUGGUGCGGGCGGGCGAGAUUGUGAACCGUCGUGUUCAGUAA